AUGGAACAUAUGAUAAAGAAAACGAAUGGUGCUGGGUCUCAUAAUAAAAUAACAAUUAAAUCUAUAUAUAAUGGUAAUGAUGAUGAACAUUCUUAUAAUACUACUCGAUGUAAUCAAAAUGAAAUUUACUGUUCAUUACAUUCGUCACCACUAAAAACGAUAACGACGAAAACCAAAACAGUGGCAACAGUAUUAAAAACAUUAAACAAUCACCAAAAUAAUAAUAAUAAUAAUAAUAAUAAUAAUAAUAAUAGUAAUAGUAGUAGUAUGAAUGGAUGUCAUCAUUUAGCGAAUAAUGAACCCGCAUAUAAACUUCGAGAAAAAACAAAAAGUAGAAGUCAAAAUUCAAAAUCAAGUGACUAUAAUCGUCAAUUAAAAGCAAUAUCAACUAUGUACGUUUCAAAUAGAACUAUAUCGAAUAAAAAAGCUUCAACAAGUAAUUAUCAUCUAUUUAACUGUAACGUUAAUGAAAAAAUUAAUAACACGAACAAUAAAAAUGACAGACGAACAAUUUGCAUCUGUGAACAACAACAACAGCCAGAGACUACACCCGUUCGAGAUCGUCAAUUAUCUCAAAUAUCACCGCAACAUUUAAUUGUAUCUCCAACAAGUGCUGCGAUGUUACCACGAUCAAAAUUAAAUUUAUCGUGGACACAACGAUGGACAAAAUGGUUUUCAGCGUGUGGUACAGACAAAGAAAAUCUACCAUCAAACACUAUUAAUAAUCCCAUAGUGAAAAUAUCACCAACAAUAAUUGCAGGGGUAAGUGAAGUUUGA